AAUGCGAAUCGUUCGAGUAUUUGGGAUGCGAUGGUAAUUCGAAUAAUUUCGCCACCAGGCAAGAGUGCGAAGGAUAUUGUGGAGUCGGAGGUUGUGCAAACGGUGGUGUGCCUCUGCGUGAUAGCUCGGGAUCUAUCCAAACAUGCUCGGAGAAAGACCGGUGGCUGUCCGUCUACACACGAAUGCUAUGCCGUUAGUCUCGGACCUGAUACGGUAUCACACCGUUGCUGCCCUACAAAAUGUAGAUACUACUUCAACAUCGUCACCAAAAAAGUGUUCGCCCUUCGCCUUCAACGGUUAUGUCAGGGUUUGGGCGGUCAUGCGCUCGUGGGUCCCAUGCAUCGUCAUCCUGGAGCUCAGCGAGAAGAGACUGAAGGAGUGUUGGUUAGGUAG